CCAAAAAUAAACAUCCCGAAUUCAACGGUCCACUUGUGUCAUCGUUUACGGCUUUUCUCAUUCAAGAUGAGUAACCAACAACAACAAACAGCAAUAUGCAAAAAACAACAACAACAACAACCCAAACAUGAUGAUAAACACCAGAAUUUGAUAAGAUUUUCUUUGAGCUUAACUUUUUCGGCCCUACUCAAUCUGAUACUCAUUGUUUCUUUCUUCUUGAAUAUGUCCAUGAACCCUAAACAUGACCAGCUUACUUGGAGCAGGAAAGCUUCUGAAGAAGCUGAAGCUGUUUCAUCCCUGUCUUGUUCUGGCCAUGGAGUUGCUCAUUUGGAUGGCUUAGUUUUGGAUGGCGGCUUACCGGUUUGCGAAUGCGAUGCCUGCUACACUGGCCUUGAUUGUUCACAGUUUGUUCCAUAUUGCCUCAUAGAUGUCGACAAUGGGAACCCAUUUUUCCUGGAGCCUUUCUGGAGACAAAAUGCGGAAAACAGUGCCGUAAUGAUGGCCGGAUGGUAUCGAAUGGGAUACGAAUUCGCGGACGGUUCACUCGAAUCCAAACAGCUAGAGAAGGCAAUUCGAAUGUUGCAUGAUACCGUCGGAAAUGCGAUCACAAAAGGAAGAUAUAUCGUGUUCGGAACCGGAUCAACUCAGCUUUUUAAUGCUGCAGUUUACGCCUUUUCUUCUAAAGAUUCCGGUUCGACUACUGCCAAGGUUGUUGCAUCGGUACCAUAUUAUCCGGUUUACAAAUCACAGACAGAUCUUUUCGUUUCAAGAAAAUACAAGUUUGAUGGUGAAACAAUGUCUUGGAUCAACCAAUCAGAAGAUUCUACGAAUUUCAUCGAGUUUGUCACUUCACCAAACAACCCAGAUGGUCAACUUAAGGAUGUUAUCCUUGGAGGAAAAAAUGUCAAGCAUAUUCAUGAUUUAGCUUAUUACUGGCCACAUUUUUCCCCAAUUCCAAUUCAAUUGGACGAAGAUCUCAUGCUAUUCACACUCUCUAAACUUACGGGUCACUGCGGAACUCGAUUGGGGUGGGCAAUAGUGAAAGAGGAGUCCGUUUAUAAAAGAAUGAUGUACUAUAUUGAUCAGACAACGUAUGGAGUUUCUAGAGAAACUCAGUUGAGAACGUUGAAGCUUCUGAACGUGGUGCUACAAGGGAACGGAAGAGAACUGUUCGAUUUCGGAUAUAAUGUUAUGAGAUCCAGAUGGGAAAGGUUAAGCAAGCUUUUUUCAUUGUCCAAAAGAUUUUCUCUCCAAGACCUCACCCAAAACAAUUGUACAUUUUUUCACAAAGAACUUCGUUCUGUCACUCCUGCUUAUGCAUGGAUUAAAUGCGAAAACGAUGAAGACAAAGACUGUUAUUCUGUGCUAUGGGAUGAAGCAAAUAUCAAAGGCAAGGCUGGACAUGAUUUCGGUUCAGAAAGUCGUUAUGUUCGUCUUAGUUUAAUUAGCAACCGACAAGAUUUUGAUUUAUUGGUGCGCCGUCUUGAAGGCUUAAUUUCUCAGGAAAUGAAAGGUGUUUGUGAGCCAUCCAAUUAUGAAGGGGCGUUUGGAAACUUGACGACUUAAUGUAAUUUUUGAAGCAUAUCGAUCGACGGUGACACAUAGAUGUUGCAAAAAUCAAAACUUAAUUGAUCGAGUUACACGAGAAGAUUAAUGUUUUGAAAACUCAAUUGUCUGCUUACAUCUGUUUGAUGUCGACGUGGUAAUUAACUUAAUCUGCCAAUUGUAAUUGGUAAGUACUGAUUUUGAAUAAUCC